UAACAUUGAUCGCUUUGGUCGAACAAUGCAUUGCACAAGAUAAGCUUAUAAACCGACGCAAAACGGAAGUGACACUGCAUUUGAAUUCAAGCAAUCGAUAAGUUUAGAUUUAUAUCUCGAAAAAGUGUCGGAAUGUUUAAAGUUACGAGAUUGGUUCUGUUGGCGUGCUUCCUGUCGGCAGUUUUUGGAUACCCUCAGCCGCAGUUGUCUGAGACAGAAGUUCUCGAAAAAGAAGAAAGAGUGAAUUCAGCACCGGAGGUUUACAACACACCAGCUAAUGUGGAGGUGAAAAAUCAGCGAAAUGUUGAGCCUAUACUACUGGAAGAAGCCCAACAGCUACGAAAAGAUGACUUGGUGAAAUCAGAGUCGGCGGCUUUUACUUAUUACUAUCCAUAUUAUUAUUACUAUCCCAAAUAUCGAUGGAAUCCUUACUAUUACUACUAUUGGUGGCUAUGAGUGAUAUGACAAGUUAUUUCUUGCACAAAACCAAUAGUUAGAAUAUGGUGUGAAAAUCUGUUGCCAGCAUAUUAUAAUUAGUUUAUUCGAUCAACUGUUUCUGUAGUUAUACUUAUCAGCAGAUCACAGUUUGGUUGUAAUGCGUAGCACAAGGUGAUAAUAAAGUGCAAAAUUAACCUCGAAAAA